AAAAAAAAAAGAAAAGAAAAAAAGAGCUGUAGACCACAAAUGACCCACAAGUCGCACUUUAGACAGCGCUGGUUUAUAUACUCUGUUUACAGAUCAAAGCAAAUCGUGAUUAUUCUACUUUGAAACUAUAAUUUGGAAGAUUAUUUGUUCUAUGACUUAAAACGACAAGUUCAUUUGGAUAAUUUGAGAAAGAAAAGGCAAUUGAAAACAAAAACACAAUCGUAUUGCGUCUUUAAAGCUUUGGCAAACUGAUCAAACAAAACAAGGUCCUCUUCUAUUUUAACUCGCCUGGUCAACCUUAAGAAACGUGGGCUGGCCCAAAACGCUUUAACCAAUGAACGUCCGCCCUUAUAUUUAAACAGCGCCCGUGUGUCAAUCAUUCUUCUUGGCCCCGCCUUCCUUUCCAACUACCUCAGUCAAGCUUUCAAACUCAAAAGUGUUUCUACCCAAUCGCCAUAUUGGCUACGGGGAAGGACCUCUGUGUGGUGUCUCUCCUGUUUUUUGGCGGACCCAGAGUGACGAGAAGCGGCUGUAGGUUACACUCAGGCGACCCUUCUGGAUCUACCGCGGUUGUUGACAUUCGCAUGGCAUAAAAGUGCUUUUUCGCCCCGACGUCGUAUUUUUUUUUCUUUUCGGAUCUUACCCAGCAAGGAGGAUAGUCGUUUGGUUUGUUUUUUAUCCAAAAAAACUGGACGCUCCAGGCUGUUUUGUGUCGUUUUCCCGUGCCUUGUUGGUGGUGGAGGGGGGAUAAAAAAUGUCAGAUGUUCGACUAUCCAGCGGGAGCCCGACGUUGGAGCGGGGCGAGCCGCGUGUACCGCAACACCCGAAGCCUUCAGCUUGCCGGAGCCUCUUCGGCUCAGUGGACCACGACGAGCUCAGGCGGGAUUUAAAGGGACACCUCUGGGAUCUGGAGCAGGCCGCCGCCGCGAAGUGGGGCUUCGACUUCGCGGCGCACAGUCCGCUAGACAACGGAGGGAUCCGCUGGGAGCCGGUGGACUAUCGCGACGUGCCGGAUUUUUACACUCGGCCGCCGCGGACGAGUAACCGCGUAGAUCUGAACGGGAAUCAUAGCUGUGUUGCGGGGGCCACCACCGCCAUCGCCGGUGGGCCGACGGAGUGCUCGGAGCAGUGCACCGCCGUGAGGAAGAGACCUGCCUGUCACGAGACCUCAACCCCAAGCAAGAGGUCGCACAGCAGUCCGGGUGAGGUCGCUUUCCCGAGCCGGAGUCGCUCGGCCGAACACACGCCCAGAAAGCGCAGCGGCAGCCCGGGGAGGCAAACGUGAGACGAGCUGAAGAUGCAUUUCCUACAUUGGGAACCCCUCCAGUGUUGGUCAACUUUUGAUUUUAUUUGGACUUUUUUUUUGUUUUUUAGACACUUUUUGUUUGAUUUGAUCUCGUUUUGGAAGAAGAGGAAGUACACAUCAUCUUAUGACAAACAUAUCAGCUCUCCUUCGCAGACGCUGUUGAAGCACUGAAUAAGAAAACACUAACAAAAAACAAUUUUGGCACUCAAAAUGUUCUUUCAAGUUACUGCCUCUGAAAGCAGUGGAUGUAGCAGUGUGCAAUUAGGUUCUUUUCAUUUGCUCCUUUUUGUACUACCUGUGUGUGUUUGUAUAUAGAAAUUUCUAUUUCUCUCCAUAUGUAGCACAUAAGAAAGCAUUGUGAUUUGCAAAACAAAUCCUUUAUACUUAUAUAUUAUAUUAUUUUUAAGAAAAAAAUAAGGUGUGAAUUUUGAUUUGACUUGAAGAAUUGCAGUGUAGUUUGGUUCCAAAAUGCUGUGCUGUUUUUAAUUGUAUUCUCUUCUUUACUGAAAAGGCAGUUUUGACACAAUUUAAAACAGGGGUGCCCAAAGUGCGGCCCGGGGGCCAUUUGUGUAGGGCAGCUUUUUUUCUUUUUCUUUUUUUUUUUUUUUUUUGCGAUUUGGAUAUUCUGGGGGAAAUGGUGAAAUGUAUGUCCAUUUUUUGCAUGUUUUUUUUCCUACGCAUUCUAAAAAUGCAAUCACAUAAGAAUAUAUUUAAAAAUGUGGAAACGGAGCAAACAAAAAGCAGCAUGUAUCAACAUGUAUUUGUGCAUUUAUUUUGCAAAUUCUAAAAAUACCAUUACCAAAAAAUAUAUUAAAAAUGGGGGGGGGGGGGGAAGCAAAAAGGCCAAUGGAAAUACAUUAUCCCAAUUUUUUGUGCAUAUUGUAAAAAUGCAAUUACAAAAAAAAUAUACAAAAAAAUGCAAUUAUCAUUAAUAUUUAUUAAUACAUAAAACGUGGGGAAAGGAGCAAAAAGGCCAAUGGAAAAACAUGUAUCGCCCAUUUUUUUGUAAGUAUCAAUUUAUUUGCCAUUUUUUUAAUUCUAAAAAUGCUAUUAUAAAAAAAAGUGGGGGGGACUUCCAUUUUUAUGCAUGUUUGUUUUGCAUAUUCUGCAAUAACAAAAAUAACAAGCAAAUUAAUGCAAUUACAAACAAAUAUAUAAAAAUUGUCCGUAAAGGAGCAAAACGGCCAAUGGAAAAAAUAUCUUCUUUUUUUUUUUUUUUUUUGCUUGUCAGUAUUAGGGUUGGGGGUACAGUUUGGGUUUAGGUUGUGUUAAAACAGCGGUGUACAAAAUUGCAGCCCACUACUCAGUUUUUAUUGUCCGGAGUCAAGAGCACAAAAUCCAAUGGAAAAACAUGUAUCUCCAUUUUCUUUUUUUUCUUUUUAUUUUUGGCAUGUAUCCAUAUUUUUGCAGUUUUUUUUUCUUUUUGCAAAUUCUAAAAAUGCAUUGACAAAAAAAUAUAUUUAAAAAAACAGAGCAAAAAACCAAUGCAAAACAUGUAUCUCCAUUAGUGUUAGUCUUUUUUUACAAAGCGAAAAAUCCAAAUGCCUUGGUGGACAAACUUCGGACACCCCUGAUUUACAACAAUAUACAUAUGUAUGUUUAAAAAAAUAUAUAUAUAUUUUUUAGUAUUUUAGCCUCAGUUCCUCAACAGUGUAUCUUCACUCCUUCACCCUUCCAAACUCACGCAGUGAAGAACGGUACAAAAAUGUAGCGAUUUUUAUGUUCCCCUCUGAGGACAAAAAACCCCACGUAUUUUAUUUUAUUGCAGAUCACCCUGUGGUUUGACACACUUGGAUUUAUUUUCCCUUACUGUGUCCCUUGCACACCUCAUAGGUGUGAUUGAGUACUUUUUGUAUUUAUUUUUUUUUUUAAGUUGAAGGGCAAAAAUGAAUGGCGCUUAAUUUAAUUUUUUUUUUUUUUUAAGUCCUGCCUUAAGGCUCCUUUCACACAGUAGUCACCGAAUGUUCCUUCUUACAAGACCAAACUGAUGGCCGCCAAGUGCUUUUUUUUUUUUUUGACUUCACAUAGUUUGACUUUGUGAUAACCUAUAUAUUUUUAAAUCAUGUUUAGCCUGCUGAGGAUGCUCGUGUCGGCAUCUUAAAGCUUCCUUCUUUUUUUUUUUUUUUUUUUUUAAAGUAACACCAGCUCGUCUCAGAAAUGCAGUCGCCCUUGUAUGCCUGUGUAUUUGUGUAAAUAUUUGCUUUGUACAUAAUUUUGUAUAAAAACCAAAAAAAAACACUGAGAAAUUAUACUAACUUAUUUAUGUCAAACAUUUUUUUUAUUGUAGAUUUUUUUUUUUUGAUUCACGGUUAUCCAAAGUGGCAUUUACUUUAUUAUAUUUGUAUUAUUAUAAUUUUUUUUAAGCAUAUUUGUGGUAGUUUUUUUCCCCAACAAGGUUGCAAACUGAGCCUAAUUAAAUAUUUGAUGUGCAUUUUUUUUUGUAAUGUGUGGUCAUAAAAUGUUGCAAUCAAUUAAAAAAAAAAAAGAAGAACUUGU